GCUGCCAAUCGGCGAGCCUCUACCAACGCCCCUUAAAGGAGCAGCCACCGCCUCCGGAGCUGGGGCGAACCAAUUCCUUGGUUGCGGCCCCCGCCUGCAGUAUGGAGUCGUCUCGGGGGCGGCCCGGGCUGGAGUCGGACCUUCUGGCUGUAGCGGAACAGCAGGCCGCAAUCUUCCGCUGCAGGCCGGACCGAACGUCCUCUGAGUCGCCUUCAGGCCUCCGGGUGUCCGGGGAGGAAGAGGCCGAGAACGUUGGGGGCGCGAACCGCCAUCCUAGGACGGCCCCGAAGACGUCAAGCUGCAGCGUCGUCCACCGGCCGGAACGAGAGGUUCUGGAGAAGGAGCCCGGCCCUCAAAGGAUGCCGUCUGGGGCCGGGAGCCGCAGAGGGGCGCCGGGUGCCGAGCACGAACCGCCCCUGUCCUCCCGGCACAAGAACCCGGCGCCGCCGGAGGGCAAGCCUGCCUCCGGGAGGGACUGCCGUCGAGGGGGACCAGGCCGCGGGAUGGAUAUUGAACAGCUGGAGGAGGAAGACAACGACGAAGAGGCGGCCGCGGGCGGCAGAGGCGGCCGCUCUUUCUCCAGCCGCCUUCAGGACAGCCGCAGCCUGGACGGGCUCAGCGAGGCGUGCGGUGGCGCCGGGUUCUUAGGGAGUGCUGAGUCCGGCGCGGGCGGCGGACGUCGCGCCACCAUCUCCAGUCCCCUGGAGCUCGAGGGCACAGUGAGCCGCCACGGCGACCUCACCCACUUUGUCGCCAACAACCUGCAACUCAAGAUCCGUCUAAGCGGCGCCCCUCCACCCCCGCCUUCUACUCCUGCGCGGCCCUGCCCAGCUCCUGCACCCACACCCACACCGGCCAUCCCCCCCAUCGACCCUGACGUGCUGCGGGAUCUAGAGCGGUUAAGUCGGGAGCUGGGCAGCCGGGUGGACCGUCUGCUUCGCGGGCUGGGUGGCGCGGUGCAGGAGCUGACGGCACUUAGCGUGGGCUGCAUCCAGACCUACCGCGACGCUGUGGACUCCUUAGGUGAAGCUGUGGACAUGAGCAUCAAGGGCAUGUACACUCUGCUGGCGCGCUGCGAGGAGCUGGAGCGGGCUCUGCAGCCAGUUCAGGGGCUGGCACGCCAAGUCCGGGAUAUCCGACGUACUCUGGAGGUGUUGGAGGCCCUGUGCAAGUGACCAGGAGGACGGGAGAGGCCGGGCCUGGCCAGGGCAGGGCCUAGCAGGACCCAAAGGACUCUUCAAGGAGUCCUGGUGGGACGUGCUCGCUGAGGGGAGGCCUGUGUGUUGGAGGCUCUUCCAGAUGCGUUCAGCUGGCCGGCGCCCACUCGCUGGGCCUUAGGCUGGUGUAUAUGGGGAAGUUAUAACGGCUCUCCUGGUGGGAAGGGAUGUUGCUCUGCUUUUAUUCGGUUGGUCAUCUGUAGCUACCCAGUUUUCCCCAACUCUCUUCCCUAGCUAGAGCACCAACCCUGGGAACACAGGGCUUUAGGUCUGUUUGAAGGUGAGGACGUGACUCCCACAUGUAAUCAGGGGAAAGGGACAGAGGAAGCCCCAGCCUCCACUGUGGCUGUCCUGACUCCAGUGGCCACAUCUCAGGUGCCAGGGGCUGUGGGAACUUGAGUCGUCCUUGGCGAAACCCCCCGCAGGCAAGGAUGCACCCUUGCGCUUGGAUAGCCUUCUGAUUCUGCCCUCUGGCCCUCUACCAUACCACUUCCCCAGCCAGAACCGGGGUGCAACUGGGAGGAAUGCGUUCCUAGGGGUUGAGGUGGGAGGCGUCUCACUGCGCUCAGGGUUCAGGUAGAAUGUUGCUGGUUUUGAAUCCCACCUAUUGUGGAGUGUUCUAAUCAGUUUUGGCUUUCUGAGUUUUUGUGGAAUUAAAGUGCUGCUGCUGCAAAGGCUGA